AGCAACUCCUCACCUGUGAGUGGAUCCUUGGUUCCAAAGCCGAUGUGGAUCAGAAUGAGACCACAUCCUCCUGUUACUGCAGCACUGCCACUGAUCAGGGACUACCGGGAGUGAAACCUCGCUGCAGGAUAGCCUCAUUCUGCUUUUCAGCGGCAGCUCCACUGGGAAUCAUCCUGUCCCUGCCCCUGCAACACCCACCGCCAGCCAGGAGGGUUGACAGCACUGCCCCCCCCCCUCCCCAUCCCCCUUUAGUGUGACAGCCAUGAUUCGGGAAGGCCCUCUGCUUGGGCUCAGAUCAGGGAGCAUUUCACUUCUAGAUGGCUAGAUCUCCACAUACAAAGAUCUGGGGGCCUUUCUACUGAGUAUCCUUCACUGCAUAGUAGCACAUGGAUUUCAAGACUUCAAAUGAAGAGACAAAGACUGGGAUUUAUUUGAUGCAAGAAGGUAAUGAGGAGCCGUUUAAUAUUCGACUACACUUGGCCAAGGAUAUUCUGACCAUUCAAGAGCAAGAUGUCAUCUGUGUGUCAGGAGAGCCUUUUUAUUCAAGUGAGAGGACAGUAACCAUCAGGAGGCAGACGAUCGGAGGGUUCGGCCUGAGCAUCAAGGGUGGAGCAGAGCAUAAAAUCCCUGUUGUCAUAUCAAAAAUAUCAAAGGAACAAAAAGCUGAACUCUCUGGGCUACUUUUCAUUGGAGAUGGAAUCCUUCAGAUAAAUGGAAUAAACGUUAGAAGCUAUCGCCAUGAGGAAGUGGUCCAGGUUUUGAGAAACGCUGGUGAAGAAGUGACUCUUACGGUCUCAUUUCUAAAGAAGACUCCAGCCUUUCUGAAACUGCCCCUGUGUGAGGACUGCACCUGCAUUCCCAGUGACCAGAGUAGCGGGACCUCCUCUCCUCUGUGUGACAGCGGCCUGCACUUGAACUACCAUCCCAAUAACACGGACACGCUGUCCUGUUCAUCCUGGCCCACGUCCCCAGGGCUGCGCUGGGAGAAGAGAUGGGUGGACCUGCGCCUUAUUCCACUUCUACACUCGCGCCUGUCGCAGUACAUCCCCGGCUCUGACGUCUGCAGGAAAAACGCUUUCCAAGUCAUAGCUGUAGAUGGGGUUUGCAGUGGUGUUAUACAGUUUCCCACAGCGGAGGACUGCUUGGACUGGCUUCAGGCAAUAGCGAGCAACAUUUCCAGUCUCACCAAGCACAAUGUGAAGAAGAUUAACCGAAACUUUCCAGUCAACCAGCAGAUCAUCUACAUGGGCUGGGUUGACGAAAAGGAGCAGGACUCCGUUCAGGACCGAAUGUACUCACCAAAGUUCCUCGCUUUGAGAGGUUCCUCCCUCUUCAAGUUCGCAGCACCUCCUGUGACAACAUGGGACUGGACCAGGGCAGAGAAAAGCUUUACCGUGUAUGAGAUAAUGUGUAAGAUUUUAAAGGAUAAUGACCUUCUGGAUAAGAGGAAGCACUGCUUCAGCGUCCAGACGGAGACCGGGGAGGAUAUGUUCUUCAGCGUGGAGCUGGAGUGUGAGCUGCUCAUCUGGGAAAAGGCUUUUCAGAUGGCCACUUUCCUGGAGGUGGAGAGGAUACAGUGUAAAACCUACGCCUGCAUCAUGGAGAGUCACCUUAUGGGACUUACCGUCGACUUCAGCAUGGGUUUUGUGUGCUUCGAUGCUGCUUCUAAAGCAGUUCUGUGGAGAUACAAGUUCUCCCAGCUUAAAGGAUCGUCUGAUGAUGGGAAAAGCAAGAUCAAGUUUCUCUUCCAGAAUCAAGACUCUAAAUCUAUCGAAGCGAAGGAGCUAGAGUUCUCCAACCUCUUUGCCGUGCUUCAUUGUAUUCACGCUUUUUUCGCUGCCAAAGUUGCUUGCUUGGACCCGAUGUUCGUGGAAAGCCAAGGCACCGCAACGACCGCUGGGAUUCCUUCUCUGUCCAGUAUCUCAUGUAAUUCACAGACACCUAAGCUCAAAUACGCCACUUGACAGCUGCUGUUCUACGAGGACCUCUUCUGAAAAAAGACGCUGCUCAUGACCGUGGCCUAAAACAUUGGAGGAGAUGACUUAAAGAUCUGAAAUUAUGGAGGACGGCUAAGAACAACUGUGAAACUAGUGUUACAAAAGGCAAAAAGGAGAUGGAGUAAUAUUGGAAGUAACGUGGAUUUCUGGAAACAUAACAGACGUAAGACUGUACGGACACAAAACGUGUAAUUCAGAAAUGUUUUUAAAGUAAAUUUGUCCUUUUCUUGACUCUCAGACAUCCUUAAAAUCCACACACCACAAAGAAUAAGCAGUUCCUUUCCUGGGUUAGUCUGCUUUUCUGUGUAUGUGGAGUUUCAGAAAAAUACAAACAGAUUUUAGCUUCUUUUCCACAUCACUUGAACUUCUACAAAAGGAUAUCUGCGAACACUGGUUAUAGCAUUGUUGAAGUAUGGGGAUGCUUUUCAUAUUUCCAUAUAUUUGUGUACUUGAAGUAAAUUUAUUUUCCCUUAACUUUUCCUAGAGUCGAACUAAAGCUCAACGCAACACCGGUCUGAUCUUGCAAUACAAAAGAAUUGCCAUUGUGAGUCGAUUUGAUUAGACAGAUGUUUUCUGGUAGAAUAUGCGGAAUGAAAAACAGGAUUCAAGGAUAGAUGGAGUGAUGUACUACCGAAUAUGGCGUAUAUUCACAUUUUCAGGUCUUCAGAAUGAUGUUGGAUGGUGUUUGUCGAACAGUCAUAAUCUGACCGAACCACUCUGAUUAGAAAAGUGCACCUUCCAUAAUGUUUAUAACAUUUUCCCCUAAAAACUUGAUUAUGUAAAUAAACACUGACAUUGAAAUGAACUUGAAGAAUUAUGAAUUAUGGGGAUUACUUAAGGGAUUACUUGUAGGGAUUAAGGCAUUUGUUAAUUUGAUGUGCACCAGAGACUACUAGAUAGCUCAUAUCCUCGUGCUCUUUUCAUUGUUUACUCUGUGGACCAAUUGAGAAGAAUCAAAUCAGCGAUGGUGUAUUUUUUGGAAUAUUUUAUCUUUUUGGACUUGUAAAUAGAUUUAAAAAGUACAACUUUUCACUUAGAAACACACCGCGAGGGAAGAAAUGUAGCAUCGUAGCCUCCAAAGGUUUGAGAUGCCCCAGUAAACUCACAUUAAAACUGUUUAUAAAUGACGUAGAGUGACGACUAAACUCAUAUUUGGAAAGAGUUCAGGUCAAUUAGCGCUAUUAAUUACGCUCUUACCUUCUAUUUACACAGCCGAGUCCAAACAGAAGAGGCCCAUGGGUAAGUAAACUCUAGAGGAUAGCAAAUUAAAUGGGGUCAAUAAAGUGCUUAGUUGUGUGCGGGCUUGUUAAACUGAGUGUCUGAGGGGAAAACUGAUGGUGGUGCAGUCUAUGCAAAGAAAGCCAGAGUGACGCUUUUGUGCUUUAAAUUUAUCUUGGUCGCAUACCCUUAUAACAGAGGAUCUAGAGAGUGAGGUUUAUUUAGUUUUUUGCAAAUGUUUUAUUAACAAAUAUCCUGUAUAAUAAAUUAAUAAAUAAGAUCUUUUAUAA